AAAAAUUCAAGCAAGUAGAAAACGGAAUAAUAAUUAUCCAUAACUGUGGAUGAACUGGCCGUUAGAUGAACUGCAGUCUUUGUCCUUUGAGUGUGGCAGGUGGCUUCUUGAUGGCUCACACCGUUCCCCUCUCUCACCUCCUGCAGGGGGCAGUGUCCAGCUCUCUCACCUGUCUGCAGACGGCGGAGGGAGUGGCAGCUCUGCUGAUGGAGAGAGGCGGUCUGGAGGAAGGAGAUAAUGUCGCUCUGGUGUACCCGCCAGGUAUAGACCUGAUCGCAGCCCUUUACGGCUGCCUGUACGCCGGCUGCGUUCCCAUCACAGUGCGACCGCCUCACCCUCAGAACAUCUCCACCACCCUGCCCACUGUUAAGAUGAUUGUCGAGGUGAGUCACUCGGCGUGUGUGAUGACCACCGCCGUCAUCUGUAAGCUGCUGCGCUCCAAAGAGGCCAUGGCCACGGUGGACAUCAGUCCUGGACACCGGUACAGCGUUUCAUUCAUAUCCGCACAGGGAAAUCACGCUCGCAUUAGGCUGUCUGUGUGCAGAAACAACAUCACAUCAGAGGGUCUGCUGUUGUUGGCUCGGGCUGUGAAAUCCAGCUCGACUCUGACUCACAUCUACAUCUGGGGAAACCACCUGGAGGAGCCCGUAUGCCAGGUACACCCCUCAGAUGUCUGUUUCAUCUUCUCCUCUAACAUCCCAUCACCCCUCUAACAGAUCCACGCCAUAAAAGUGCACAUGAGUAUUAUACACAACAACAUCAGCAUCAGCACCCUGCAGACACACAGGUUAGAUGUGACUAUAACGGCUUCAUCAGAUUUGGACUCUCAGAGAAUAAAAACCGUUCAGAAGUCGCCUGAGAAUGAUCAAGAUUUUAGGAUUUCUACACAGUUGAACAAAUUCCUUGAUAUUCAUCAGUGUGUUUAAUUGUUCACAGCAUUUAGAGACUGUUCAUAUUUAAUUCUGUAUAGUUUAUGUUGCUUUUAAAUUAAUCCCUAAAACUUUUUUCUGAUUUUCAAUUUUUUUUGACAUCAGGGUUUUUAACUGUAAGUAAAAAGCAAAUGAGAUUUUAUUUUUAAAUUUGAUUGGGUUUUGUUGUUUUGUUGUUUUUUUCUUUUUGUUUGUGAAUUUAUAAGUUCUCUGGGAC